AUGGCGUCGCUGGCGACGGCGUGCGCUCAUCUCACGACAUUGCGCAUCGACGCAAACGACGACUUGACCAGUGAGAGCCUCGCGAUCGUUCUUUCUGGCGUGCUGCAACUGCCGCAGUUGACGACGCUAACGGUGCCGGUACGCCUCUCCGACGUCGAGCGCGUGCUGCCCGAGCUUGUUGCCGCGGGUCGCCAACUCAAAUGUCUCUACUUGGAAACAUCGUCCGAGUUGAAUUACGCCGACGACGUUACGAGCCAGCGCUCGAUUUUGCGGACGCUGGCGCGCAUGCCAAAUGUCCCGUUUGUCGUCCACGAGCUCCCAGAUGACAUCGACGCCUUCGUGGUCGACGCGCUUAGUCCGCACGCUGAUCACGACCAGUUGUGCGACUUGGCUAUGUUUUAA